AUGGAUCCGGACAGCCGUAUGAAGUUAUGGAGGAUGUCGGAGCCGGUGAAGCGGUUCGACGUCUUCUUCUCGCACACCUGGAUGACCCCAGGUAGGUGGAAGUUCUUGUCACUUCUGUUUCAGUAUGGCUGGCCUUGGAUGCUGACCAGCUGGGCUUGUGCCGUGUCCCUGGUGUUUUUCCUGAGUGUCGAUGGCAUCUUGCUAAUGCCCUUCAAAUUCCGCAUGAAUGUCUUGGGCUUCCAGAAAGAAUGUCCUUACGCGCCCUGGACCUACCUCGCUGGAGUCUUUGCGAU